GAUGGGUUCACUCCCGGAGAGCUCUGCGCAUGCGUAACUCGAGGCUGUCGUCAAACCAGCGCGGAAAGUGACAAUCCGAUGGCGACUGACAUGCAAUUUAUCGGAUAUUGUUGUAUAUAAAGUUGAAGUAACCUCUUCCUGAAGUGAAGUGAAGUUGAAGUGAAACGGAUGCCCAAUGGCAGACAGUGAGCAGAGGACCAGCAUCAACACAGCUUGUGUAGACAAAUUUGCCAGAGAUGCAAACUGUAUGGAAAGUGCCGAGUGUAGUACAGACACAGACUGUGUGGAAGUUACUGAGCUUAGUAAAGACACUACUACUGAGGCCAGUAAAGAUAAUGACUGUAUCAUGUCUGUUACAAACCGCGUAGAAAUUACUGACCACAAUAUAAACACGCCUUCUUUGGAAAUGAAAGAGCCCAGUACAGACACAGAUCAUGUGGAAAUGAAUGAGCCCAGUACAGACACAGAUCAUGUGGAAAUGAAUGAGCCCAGUACAGACACAGAUCAUGUGGAAAUGAAUGAGCCCAGGACAGACACAGAUCAUGUGGAAAUGGAUGAGCCCAGUACAGACACAGACCAUGUGGAAAUGAAUGAGCCCAGUACAGACACAGACCGUGUGAAUUUCCAAAAUAAUGGAAGCUGGUGUGUUGGAACUUGCCAGUGUCCUACAAUGCCAGAGGGCUGGCUGAAGGUACUCAAAGAAAGGAAAGCUGGGAAGACAGCAGGAAAAAUUGAUGUUUAUCUAAUAAGUCCCCAGGGGCAGAAGUUCAGGUCAAAGGCAGCACUCAGAGCUUUUCUGCAAAAGAGCAAAGAUCCAUAUCUUAAAAUAGAAGAUUUUGACUUCACUCUGCAUGGGAAUAGUCCGGUGACAUCCAGCGGUUCGAGAAGGGAAAGGAGUCUGAAGCGUUUAAAGGAUACGUCUGAAAUCUCCGCCCAGGUGUCUCCGGCAUUGCCUGUGGACAAGGAGAAAUGUUCUAGUGGAGAAGUCCAAUCCAAGGGCAGCAGGUCCAGAUCAGGAGGUAGAUGCAGUGGCAGGAAACAUUUAAAUCUAACACCCGAGAAGCCACAGCUGACAGGCUGCAGCAUGGGGAAUGCAGGAGAAGCUGAGAAAAGCAACAGCGAAAGAGGGCAUCUCUUCGUGGAGACGCCUGAGCUGCCCGUGGACACCUGCAUACAGAAAAAGACUCGGCUGAAGGAGAAGCUGUUUAGGCUGACAUGCUCCAGCCAGCAGAAGGACGAUGCGUGUGCGGAAGCUCAGAGCCAUCGUUCAGAACUGAGCCCUUCCCCAGAUCGUGCAGUUUCAACCGGCGAUGUACAUCCUGAGUUUGUUAGCGGCCCUGACAUGCAAACAGAGGCUGAAUCUGCAUCAGGAUUGUUGCAUGAAAAGUUGCUGUCAACCCCUAUGGCCACCAGGGGGAGCUUAACACCAAAGAAGCUACCCGAGAGCUGUCCUGGAUUAAAGACUGUGACAGACCGAAAGAGAAGUCCCUACUUUAGCAGAAAGUCCAUUAGAGAUGCACCGACCCCCCCCAGGCGCAAAGCCUUUAAGAAGUGGACCCCACCUCGAUCCCCUUUCUGCCUCGUGCAGGAGACUCUCUUCCAUGACCCCUGGAAGCUCCUGAUUGCCACCAUUUUUCUCAACAGGACAAGCGGUAAGAUGGCCAUCCCGAUGCUUUGGCAGUUUUUUGAGCGUUAUCCUUCCCCUGAAGUGACCCGUGCAAGUGACUGGAAGCCCUUGGCAGAGCUGCUCCAACCUUUAGGCUUGAAUGAACUAAGAGCUAAGAGCAUCAUCAGGUUUUCUGAUGACUACUUAAACAAACAGUGGCAUUAUCCCAUCGAGCUGCAUGGCAUUGGGAAGUACGGCAAUGACUCCUACAGGAUCUUCUGUGUUGAGGAGUGGAAGCAGGUCCAACCUCAAGAUCACAAACUGAACAAGUACCACGCGUGGCUGUGGGAGAACCAUGAAAAGCUGGGAAUUUGAACUUUGAUGGGACCCCGAAGACUCAUUCAACUUAUAUACUUAACAUUUAAGAAAUGAGAAAUGUAUGUUUUAAAAAGUAUAGGUUUUUAUCAAUGAAAUAAUGGCUUUAUAAAUCAUAAUACUUUGUUUGCUUCUUUUUUGUUGGAUGAAAAAUUUUAAAGGUUUGCUAAAAUAUGUAUGGCAUUAAUAAAUUGUGGUUUAAUAUUUUAACAUGCUUUUAUUCUUUAGGAUGCAUUUCUGUAGUUAAUAGUGACAGUUCAGACUAGAAUUGGUACUUUGUAAGAAGGCAGAGGCAGUCCGAUGCCAUCUAAUCCAGUGAUGUGAUCCUCGUAGAAUUUCAUUCAAGCUUUUGUAUGUCACAAAUCACUUGCCUUUAUUUUUUUGUUUAUUAAGUAGCAAGUGCGUGAAUUGUGACUCACAUAUCUUGCUCCUCAGAACGAGUUUCACCAAUAUGUUCAUUAAACAGGACAGUCAGUCCUAUAAGCCGGAGUUUCCCUGGGGAACCCCAGACAGUCCAUGUUUUCGCUCCCUCCCAGUGUGUAUAUUCAGCAUAAAAAUUAAAAUCCAUUAACAGUC